GGGAGCAGUGGGCAGCAGCGGUGGCUGCGCCCGGGAAUCAUUUUGGUGAUUUAAACCCCAAUUCCAACCCUUGAUGCUGAGUGCCAAGCAGGGAGGUAAUGGGUCCCAUUUUUAGAGUCUUUGGUAUGACUCGGCCGGGAUUUGAACUCCCAACCUACCGAUCUCAGGACGGACACUCUAACCACUAGACCACUGAGUAGGGAUCCAAAAGCGCCCCACUCAUAAACAUGUUAAAUAUAUACAUUAUUUUAAAUAUUGUAUUAAUUCAACGCUUACAGUAAAUGUCUCAAAUAAUUCAUCAUUGAUUUUAUCUAAUGUUUUUUUUUUGAGCAAUGACAAUUUAAAAAAAAUAAAAUAAAAAACACAUUCUUGGGGAUCCAAAAGCGCCCCACUCAUAAAAGUGUUAUAUAAAAGACAUAAAUUUAAAAAUAUAUAUAUAUUAUCUUAAAUGAAUUCAAAGCUUACAGUAAAUGUUUAAAAGUAAAAGUAAAAAAUAAAAACAGAAAUUAUGAAUCCAAAAGUGCCCCACUCAUAAAAAAUUUAAAAAUAUACAUUAUUUUAAAUAUUUAUUUAGUUCAACACUUACAGUAAAUGUCUCAACUUCAGGUCGGUCGAUACAAAGUUAAUAAAUAAAAAUAGAAAUGAUAUUUUAAGCCUUUUUUGUCAAAGAUUUAUGGCAAAAACACAAAAUUUGCAAUAUUUAACCUCAUACAUUUUUUUUGAAGUGAAAUAUUUGAUUUGAAGUAAUUGGAUCCUCAAAUAGGUCAAUAUUUCAUCAUUGAUUUUAUUUUAUGUUUUUUUUUUUUUGAGCAAUGACAAUUAAAACAUUUUAAAAAAUAAAAAAUAUCCACUAAAAUUAUUGGGGAUCCAAAAGCACCCCACUCAUAAAAGUGUUAUAUAAAAGACAUAAAAAUGUAAAAAAAUAAAAUAGAAUAUUAUCUUAAAUGAAUUCGAAGCUUACAGUAAAUGUCUAAAACUAAAAGUAAAAAAUAAAAACAGAAAUUAUGAAUCCAAAAGCGCCCCACUCAUAAAAAUGUUUUUUUAAUUCAACGCUUACAGUAAAUGUCUCAACUUCAGGUUGGUCGAUAAAAAGUUAAUAAAUAAAAAUAGAAAUUAUGUUUUAAGCCUUUUUUGUCAAAGAUUUAUAGCAAAAACACAAUAAAUGCAAUAUUUAACCUCCUUAAAUUUUUAAGUGAAAUAUUAGAUUUGAAGUAAUUGGAUCCUCAAGUAGGUCAAUAUUUCAUCAUUGAUUUUAUUUUAUGUUUUUAUUUUAGCAAUGACAAUUUAAAAAAAAGAAAGAAAAAAAAAAUCCACUAAAAUUCUUGGGGAUCCAAAAGCGCCCCACUCAUAAAAGUGUUAUAUAAAAAACAUGAAAAUGUAAAAAAAAAUAUAUAUAUAGUAUUUUUAAUGAAUUCAAAGCUUACAGUAAAUGUUUAAAAGUAAAAGUAAAAAAUAAAAACAGAAAUUAUGAAUCCAAAAGUGCCCCACUCAUAAAAUUUUUUAAAAUGUACAUUAUUUUAAAUAUUUAUUUAGUUCAACACUUACAGUAAAUGUCUCAACUUCAGGUUGGUCGAUAAAAAGUUAAUAAAUAAAAAUAGAAAUGAUGUUUUAAGCCUUUUUUGUCAAAGAUUUAUAGCAAAAACACAAUAAAUGCAAUAUUUAACCUCCUUAAAAAUUUUUAAGUGAAAUAUUAGAUUUGAAGUAAUUGGAUCCUCAAAUAGGUCAAUAUUUCAUCAUUGAUUUUAUUUUAUGUUUUUAUUUUAGCAAUGACAAUUUAAAAAAAAGAAAGAAAAAAAAAAUCCACUAAAAUUCUUGGGGAUCCAAAAGCGCCCCACUCAUAAAAGUGUUAUAUAAAAAACAUUAAAAUGUAAAAAAAUAUAUAUAUAAUUUUUAAUGAAUUCAAAGCUUACAGUAAAUGUCUAAAACUAAAAGUAAAAAAUAAAAACAGAAUUUAUGAAUCCAAAAGCGCCCCACUCAUAAAAAUGUAAAAAAUAUACAUUAUUUUAAAUAUUUUUUAAUUUAAAGCUUACAAUAAAUGUCUCAACUUCAGGUCGGUCGAUAAAAAGUUAAUAAAUAAAAAUAGAAAUUAUGUUUUAAGCCUUUUUUGUCAAAGAUUUAUGACAAAAACACAAUAAAUGCAAUAUUUAACCUCCUUAAAAAAUUUUAAGUGAAAUAUUUGAUUUGAAGUAAUUGGAUCCUCAAAUAGGUCAUCAUUGAUUUUAUUUAAUGGUUUUUUUUGAGCAAUGACAAUUAAAUUUUUUUUAAAAAUCUACUAAAACUCUUGGGGAUCCAAAAGCGUCCCACUCAUAAAAGUGUUAAAUAUAUACAUUAUUUUAAAUAAUAAAAUACAUAACAAUGUUUAAAAAAAAAUUAUCCUAAAUUAAUUCAAAGCUUUACAGUAAAUGUCUAAAAGUAAAAAAUAAAAACUGAAAGCCCUUUUUUGCCAAAGAGUUAUGACAAAAACCCAAAACAUGCAAUAUUUAACCCCCAAAAAAUAUUUUGAUGUGAAGUAAUUGGACCCUCAAAUAGGCCAAUAAUUCACUAUUGGUUUUAUUCAUUUAUUUGAGCAAUGACAGUUAAAAAAACAAACAAAAAAAAAACAACAGUCUGCAUGGCAGCUUUUUAUUCCACUUUUUGUUGCUGUUUUUAAGACGUAGUUGUCAUGGAGGAGUAUGUCAAUAAAAUGAGGUUUAACGUGCGCGGCUGAAUGAGUUAACGCUGGAAGGAGAGCGCGUAAACAAUGAGCGGCAAGGAGAUGAUGCAGCGCUCGUCGCCAUGGUGACGGAGUGAGUAGGCGGGGCUGUGAGGUCUUUGCAGGCUGCAGACUCUCUGCCAGUGUGGAGCGUUGGCGAGGGAGGAAAAGACGCACGCCAGCGCCGGUCUGAGCUCUCUCUUGUCUCUUCUGCUCGCCUCGCCUGGCUGGCAGCAUCCACCCUCCGCCCGGGGCUUCUCGUAAGCACGCCCUGCCCUUUUGUCCCGCCCGCCGCCCCCAUGAUGAAGGAGGAGGGCCUGCUGGGGCGUCGCCGUUUCUCCACGUGCGGUGGCACGGCCUCGCUGCGACCGCCGCACCCGGACGGACGCAAACUGAUCCGCAACGCCUCCUUCGGGGGCUACAACGAGCUGUCGCCUGCGUCGCUGCCAGGUUUCGAGAGAGGGAAAGAAGACCUUUUGUCUCUGCCUUUGAAAGAGGACUCCAUUUCCAUCUCUAAAAGCAAGUCUGAGAGCAAACUGUACAACGGCUCGGACAAAGAUGUGUCAGCAACGUCCGGAGGCAAGCUCACCAAGAAGGAGUCCCUCAAGGUGCAGAAGAAGAACUACAGGGAGGAGAAGAAGAGAGCAACCAAAGAGCUGCUCAGCACCAUCACUGACCCUUCUGUCAUCGUCAUGGCCGACUGGCUGAAAAUCCGCGGAACCUUAAAAAGUUGGACCAAGCUGUGGUGCGUUCUGAAGCCAGGAGUUCUGCUCAUUUACAAAACCCACAAGAACGGGCAGUGGGUGGGCACGGUGCUGCUCAACGCCUGCGAGCUCAUCGAGAGACCCUCCAAGAAGGACGGCUUCUGCUUCAAGCUCUUCCACCCUCUGGAACAAUCCAUCUGGGCCGUCAAGGGUCCUAAAGGAGAGGCGGUGGGCUCCAUCACUCAGCCGUUACCCAGCAGCCACCUCAUCUUCCGCGCCGCUUCUGAGUCUGAUGGCCGAUGCUGGAUGGACGCCCUGGAGCUGGCGCUGAAAUGUUCCAGCCUGCUGAAAAGAACCAUGAUCCGGGAGGGGAAGGAAGACCUGAGCACUGUGGCCACGGGAGGAGACCAUUCGCUGAACUUCUACAGCCUCCUGCGUGCACACAACAUGCACGGCUUCCAGUUCAACGACAGCGACCACUUGAAAGACCCGGACCUUUAUUCGGACAAGUCGGACCGGGAGGGGGAGCAGGACCACGAGGAGUCUGACCCGGAAGGUUUGGAGAAGAGCGAGGAGAGCGACAGCGACACGUCGGAGCGGCAAGAUGACUCGUACGUGGACCUGGACCCCAACGAACAUGUGCGGGAAACGUCCUACUUGGAGCAGUCGCACGAGGAACUGGGAGAGGCUGGUGAGGCAGCCCAGACAGAGACGGUGUCGGAGGAGAACAAGUCCUUGAUCUGGACUCUACUGAAGCAGGUGCGGCCCGGUAUGGAUCUGUCCAAGGUGGUGCUGCCCACCUUCAUCCUGGAACCCAGAUCCUUCCUGGACAAACUGUCAGACUACUACUACCAUGCAGACUUCCUGUCAGAGGCUGCGGUGGAGGAGAACGCCUACAACCGCAUGAAGAAGGUGGUCAAGUGGUACAUCUCUGGCUUCUACAAAAAACCAAAGGGCUUGAAGAAGCCGUACAACCCCAUCAUCGGAGAGACCUACCGCUGCCUGUGGCUCCACCAGAACACCUCCAGCAAGACCUUCUACAUCGCAGAGCAGGUGUCCCACCAUCCCCCCGUGUCGGCCUUCUACGUCAGCAACAGGAAGGAUGGCUUCUGCCUGAGCGGGAGCAUCCUGGCCAAGUCCAAGUUCUACGGGAACUCCUUGUCGGCCAUUCUGGACGGCGAGGCCAGGCUCACCUUUCUGAACCGAGGAGAGGAUUACGUGAUGAACAUGCCGUAUGCGCACUGCAAAGGCAUCCUGUACGGCACCAUGACACUGGAGUUAGGGGGUCAGGUGACCAUCGCCUGUGAGAAGACAGGAUACAGUUCUCAGCUGGAAUUCAAACUAAAGCCGUUCCUGGGCAGCAGCGAUUGUGUCAAUCAGGUGUGCGGCAAGAUCAAGCUGGGCAAGGAAGUGUUGGCCACGCUGGAAGGACACUGGGACAGUGAGAUCUUCAUCAACGACAAGAAGACAGGAACAGUGGACACCUUCUGGAACCCUUCACCCGACCUGAGGCAGAGUCGCCUCACCCGCUGCACCGUACCACCUGAGGAGCAGGGGGAGUUUGAAUCUGAGAGAUUGUGGCAGCAGGUGACGCGCGCCAUCGUCAACAAGGACCAGACAGAAGCCACCAACGAGAAGUUCAUCCUGGAGGAGAGUCAGAGGAAGUGUGCACGGGAGAGGAAAGCCAAAUGUGAAGACUGGAUGCCCGCUCUGUUUGAGCAGGACUCCAUCACUGGAGAGUGGCAUUAUAAAUAUGCUGACACAAGACCGUGGGACCCCCUCAACGACUUGAUCCAGUUUGAAAAGGAGGGCUGCAUCCAGACCAAGGUCCGACACCGCACCCCCAUGGUACGUUCUGGCAGUCUUAUUAGUCUGAGUAACCAGGGGUCGCGGAGGGACAAUUGCAAGUGCCAGGUGACGGUGCCAAAACGCAAACACAAGAGUGACAAACCUAAAAGCCCAGAAAGUGGCUGCUCUUCCCCUGAACUUGACCGCCAGGACUCCUCUGGAAGCGAGCGACACAAAAGUAAACACAACAGUCGUGUGCGUAAGAAGGGAACUGACCUGAGUGAACUACAAAAUGCCAUCGAGUCCAUCAAGCGGACACAGGAGGACAUUAACAGGAGUAUGAGCGCGCUGCGAAGUCGCACCGCGGGCCGAGCGGAGGGCGCCUCCUUCCUGCAGCAGCGGGAUUACAUCAUCAUGGUGGCUCUUAUCCUCCUGCAGGUUCUCAUCCACUACGUCUUCAAGUAGCAGCCGUGACACACCUGGCUCAUCACGUACUCCAAAUGUGGCUUGCGGACUCUUUUUUUUUGGGGGGGGGGGG